UCUGGGUGGCCCCGUGAGGGACAUCCAGUAAGAUUCUCAGCGUUGUCUGUCCGGGAAAGAGAAGGAAUGAGGGAAGGGUAGGAUUUCUUUCCCGGUAAGAUAGACGUGGGGGAAAAACCGCUGCCCGUGUGUCCCUCAUUUCGACUUAGGUGUCUCUAUUGCUCCAUAAAUAAAACGUGUCCCUGCCUUCUGCGAGUGCUAUAAAGGCCACGAAACGGCAAUGCCCGGGGCACACGGGCGGGGCAGGAGCAGAGGCACAGCAGCCCCCAACGCGGGGCUCACUCUCUUCAGAGUUUGGGAACCACGGGAAGCAGGUGCAGACUGCGGGACCGGAAGUCUUCAGGUGCCCCCUUCAGCUGGUGGUGCGCGCCGCGGAGCGGUGGGCUGCGAGUGCCCAGGGUGGCUGCAAGCGGUCCAGGCUCUCCAGCAUCCGCUGCAACAGGUCAUGGAAGCUCCGGGCAGCAGAUCGGGGCCGCCGCCGAACCCCGAGUACAGUGGCAGCUACGUGGUGUCGAGGCCGGUCUACAGCGAGCUCGCCUUCCAGCAGCAGUGCGAGCGGCGCCUGCAGGAGCGCAGGACGCUGCGGGAGCGGCUGGCGGAGAGUUGCAGUUGUUCAAGGAAGAGAGCCCUUGGUGUGCUGAAGACUCUCUUGCCCAUCUUGGACUGGCUCCCCAAAUACCGAAUCAAGGAAUGGCUGCUUAGUGACAUCAUUUCAGGAGUUAGCACUGGACUCGUGGGUACACUGCAAGGCAUGGCGUAUGCUUUACUAGCGGCGGUUCCUGUUGGAUAUGGUCUCUACUCUGCUUUUUUUCCUAUCCUGACAUACUUUAUCUUUGGAACAUCAAGACACAUCUCAGUUGGACCUUUCCCGGUGGUCAGUUUAAUGGUGGGAUCUGUUGUUCUGAGCCUGGCCCCAGACGAAAACUUUUUCAUACCCAGCAGUAACGGGACUGCAUCAAAUGCUACCAUGAUAGACAAUGUAGCUAGAGAUGCAGCAAGAGUAUUGAUUGCAAGCACCCUUACUCUUUUGGUUGGGAUCAUACAGUUGGUGUUUGGGUGUUUGCAGAUUGGAUUCAUAGUGAGGUACUUGGCUGAUCCUUUGGUUGGUGGAUUCACAACAGCUGCUGCCUUCCAAGUGUUGGUUUCACAGCUAAAGAUCAUCCUCAACGUUUCAACCAAAAACUAUAAUGGCGUUCUCUCCAUUAUCUAUACUCUGGUUGAGAUUUUUCAAAAUAUUGGCAAUACCAAUCUUGCUGAUUUCAUUGCUGGAUUACUCACCAUCAUCAUCUGUAUGGCAGUUAAGGAAUUAAAUGACCGAUUUAAACACAAAAUCCCAGUCCCUAUUCCUAUAGAAGUAAUUGUGACAAUAAUUGCUACUGCCAUUUCAUAUGGAGCCAACCUGGAAAAAAAUUAUAAUGCUGGCAUUGUUAAAUACAUCCCAAGGGGAUUCUUGCCUCCUGCACUGCCACCUGUGAACUUGUUUUCUAAGAUGCUGGCUGCAUCGUUUUCCAUCGCUGUGGUGGCUUAUGCUAUUGCAGUGUCUGUAGGAAAAGUAUACGCCAUCAAGUAUGAUUACACCAUCGAUGGGAACCAGGAAUUCAUUGCCUUUGGGAUCAGCAACAUCUUCUCCGGGUUCUUCUCUUGUUUUGUGGCUACCACAGCCUUGUCCCGCACUGCUGUCCAGGAGAGCACUGGGGGAAAGACACAGGUUGCUGGCAUCAUCUCUGCUGGGGUUGUGAUGAUCGCCAUUGUUGCUUUGGGGAAGCUGCUGGAACCCUUGCAGAAGUCGGUCUUGGCAGCUGUUGUAAUUGCCAACCUGAAAGGGAUGUUUAUGCAGGUGUGUGACAUUCCUCGUCUGUGGAGGCAGAACAAGAUUGAUGCUGUUAUCUGGGUGUUCACAUGCAUAAUGUCUAUCAUUCUGGGACUGGAUCUUGGGUUGCUCUCCGGCCUUGUAUUUGGGUUGCUGACUGUGGUGCUGAGAGUACAGUUUCCCUCCUGGAAUGGUCUUGGAAGCAUCCUUAGCACAGACAUCUACAAAAGUACCAAGAACUACAAAAAUGUUGAAGAACCUGAAGGAAUGAAGAUUCUUAGAUUUUCAAGUCCUAUUUUUUAUGGCAAUGUCGAUGUUUUUAAAAAAUGUAUCAAGUCUACAGUUGGAUUUGAUGCCAUUAGAGUGUAUAACAAGAGGCUAAAAGCACUGAGGAAAAUACAGAAACUCAUCAAAAAAGGGCAAUUAAGAGCAAGAAAGAAUGGCAUUAUAAGUGAUGCUGGUUCAUCAAAUAAUGCUUUUGAGCCUGAUGAAGAUAUUGAAGAUCCAGAAGAACUUGAUAUUCCAACCAAGGAAAUAGAGAUUCAAGUGGAUUGGAAUUCUGAGAUUCCAGUGAAAGUGAAUGUUCCGAAAGUGCCCAUCCACAGCCUUGUGCUUGAUUGUGCAGCUGUGUCUUUCUUGGAUGUUGUUGGAGUGAGAUCAUUGCGAGUGAUUGUCAAAGAAUUCCAAAGAAUUGAUGUAAAUGUGUACUUUGCAUCGCUUCAAGAUCAUGUAAUAGAAAGGCUGGAGAAAUGUGGUUUCUUUAAUGAUAACAGAAAGGACAUAUUUUUUCUGACUGUCCACGAUGCUGUCCUCUAUGUACAGCACCAGGUUAAAUCCCGAGAAAUUCAAGAUUCCAUUUUAGAAACGAUCUCCCUCAUUCAAGACCAUAAAGAUCCUCUUGAAUUAAUGGAAGCAGAGCUGACUGAAGAAGAACUGAAUGUUGAGGAUGAGGCUAUGCGUAGACUUGCUACGUGAAAGUGGGCUCGGGAGGUUGCUAUAAGCAAGGACUACAGGAUUGCCAAAUUUAACCAGCAAUGUAAUUCUAUGCAAGCAUUUUCUGCAUUGACUGUUUCUCUGGACUUGAAACACUCAUUCUUUUUCUGUUAGAACUUUGAUUUUUUUAACGUCUUAGCCAUUAAAAGAAAGGCACUUAAGAUUGUUUCUAGGCUUUAUUUAUAAAAUAAAUAGCUUACUUCUAAACUGCAAAAUGGUGAGAAUUAUCCUGGUGAUCUAGUGAUGUCUAGGAUCUAUUCACGUUGUGCUGCUGUACCUCCCUGACAUAUUUGCCAACAAAGUUCACAUGGGCAUGGGGUCCCCUGCUCAGUCAGGGCAGGUGUGGCCCCAUAGCCUCUGUGGCCAGUUGAGUCAUGAAUGAUUAUCAUAAAAAAGAUCUAUUUUUGACUGGCCUGGAUACCCAUGGGCUGUGCCGAUCACAGUGUAAGGGCACACUGAGUAAAUGCUGAAAUAUAAUUGUUAAUGCAUUUAUCAAUAAAAGCCUUCAAAAAUCACUUUUGGUCAAUACAUCAAAAAUGUUUUUUAAAUGCAAAUUUGGUUAAUACUUAAUAAUGAAUGUUAUAUUGACCAUAUACUUAACAAGAAUUCAGAAUCAAGAUGGUUCACUUCUAAACUACAGAACUAGGCUGAUAUAUUUUUAAAACAUUGAGUUAGAGAGAUGAAGCAAUAAUAUUAUUAUGGUUUAUAAAUUCAUUUUUUGAUAUAACCAUGGAUCACAAUUAAGAUCAAAUAAAAAUAUAAGAAAGACUAUCUCUAGGUUAAAAUGCCAUUUUAACUUAGUUUAUAGAAAUAAUCAUUAGGUAGAGUAUGUAGCAGUAUGGUCUAUUUAAAAUCUAACACAAAAAUUGUGUGAUUUUGAACAAAAAACAAUUCUGAUAUGUUUAUAAGACUGUGGUGAUUAAAACAAGUUUAUGUUUUUCUCUAAAAUGUAGCAGUAUAUAAAAUAAAUGAUAUUUAACUAAAUUCUGACCAUCUUUCAAAAAAAUCUAAAAAGUUUUCAACCUGGAUAUAAAUAUAUGUUUAAGAUGAGUUUAAGACAAAACAUUCUAUGACUGAAUAGCAACAAUAAAAAAAUGGAUUGGAAUAUAAACAUUGAAAACAUAUAGGUUUUUAAAAAUCUAUAUUUUAAGGGAGAACAUGUUUGAAAUUUUUAGUUUUACUUAAUCUUUUCUGACCAUCAACAAUUUUGUAGGUAUUAUAUAUAAUACAGAGGCUACGGCCCUGUGGACUAUUCCCAUAUAAUUCACACUUGAGUGAAUGAACUUGUGCUUUAUUUCUAGAGAAAAAUAAACACGUGGAUCCCCAACUAAGAUAAUGUCUUGUGUGGCUGAGAUAAUUAUGUUACACCUUUGGCACAAUUGUGUGAAAUUCCCAAAUGUGUUUGGUUAUCCAAAGGCAGCAUGUCCUGUCUCUGUUUCUAAUUAAAUACAAUGAGAAACAAGAUGUCUAAUCCUGAAGGAAUAUCAUCAGUGAUAAUAUCAAAUUGGUAACUAAAAGAAUCAUUAUCACCACCCCCUCAUUUUGCCCAUUGGAAUUUGAGUGAGUUGUAAUGGACUGUGAUUUUACAAUAAUAUUCUUUCUUCUAAUGGAUUAUUCUGUCUUUAACUGAUUUAGAACAGAUUUCUCCCUGUGUUGGGUACAGUAUAACUGGGGUUAUAAGAUUAUCUCAUUUUCACAGCUUAUACCUGCUUAUACUGGUAACAAAUCGUAUUGAUAAAGAGUAAGUACAGUAGUCUUGCAGAAAAUGGAUGAAUACCUCUGUUCAAUAAAGGAAAUAUGCACUGAUUAUUUUUUUAUUAGUUGAAGGAAAGUUACCCUUUAUAAUAAGGCUAGAAUUUUGUGAAAUCCUGGUUCCAUUUGUGACUAUAUAAGACCAGUCUAUUUGGCUAGUUUCUCAAACACACUCUAGGAAUACUGGCUCUUCUAUACAUUUUUGAAUAAUAAGCACAUUUUAAUCCUGUAUUGCCAAUGAAAAUUUACUUGAAAUUAAAAUUGCCUCAUGUUAUGUUUUAACCUAUAUAAGAUUCCAAUGUUGUGACUUUCAAUAAAUAAAAAUAUCAAAUCAUGUACAUUUGGAAAUAAUUGCAAAUAUAUUUUAUUAAAUGUAAAGUUACCUUUUAAACUACUCUGUUGUGUCCUCUCUGAGUAAAACUAUUAAUUAUAAUUAAAAAUGCUACAUUUUAAGUUUGCCAUUACUCUUAUCACUCGUCAGUUUGAUGUAUUUUUUUAAAGUUCUACUUCCAUUUUGUGUGUGUGCAAUUACUUUUUGUAAAAACUUGGUACAAUAAACAAUGUUACAAAUAU